UUUCAUUUUUUCCCCAAAGUUCGGGUCUCAUCGGUACGAAAACUCCCCAAAUCCUUAAUCCCUCAAAUUUGUCCUAUAUUUGUCUGUUCCACUUACACCACGACUCCAUCGUCGGUCGUCGGCACACCCAUGUACCAAUUUUCUUUCUCCUUUUGUCUUCUCUAUUUCGACGUUGGGCAGAUUUCAAUUCGAAAUCUUGUCAAAUCCCACCUAUUUUAAUUGGAAAUUUGUUUGAUUACAACAAGAUUUCAAAUCAUUUUGGUUUUGAGAUCCUAAAUGUUUUUAGUCAUUCCAAACACUAGAAAUUAUUUCAAAUCCCCCAAAUUCAGUGGUUCCAAACAGGGGUUCAACGCUAGCAAUCGUACGAUCACUCAGCUUUGGGUUUCUGAAAUAAUCAACCAUUCAUGUGAAUUUCAAGAUGCUUGCCAUCUUCGAUUUCACUCUCUGUUUUCACUGAUGCGUUUAGGUUGGUACAUGUGAAACAAUGGCUUGGGAUGGAACUAUCUCAUCAAGUGAUUUUUACAAGGCUGCUUGUGCUUUUAUUCAUAGAUGGAAACUGAUCAACUCUGAUUUUCCUUCAUGGUUGUGGGUUCCAUAUCAGAAACUACGGUGGAUUAAUUCUGAUGAUAAGGUGGAAGGAUACUUAUCUUUGGAGAAAAUAUGCCUUCUGAGACCACUAGAGAAUGAGCAGGAGAAAGGAGAGUGUUUAGAGGAAAUAGAUACUGUUGGGGCUGGCAAUUGCAACGAGUCUCUUGAUGAAGCUACAUUAGUCCCAUCCCCAAGUGAUCAUCAAGAAGUACAUUACUAUGAUUUUCACAUUAUACACUCUGCAUCAUAUAGUGUUCCAGUGCUAUACUUUCGAGCUUACUGUUGUGAUGGACAACCUCUGAUGUUUGAAGAAAUUAAAAAGGACCUUCCAUCACAGUCUGCAGAUACACUAUUGAAUUCAAAAUGGACAUUUAUUACUCAGGAGGAGCAUCCAUAUUUAAACAGACCAUGGUUCAAAUUACAUCCUUGUGGAACCAGUGAAUGGAUGAAGCUACUCUUCCUUAGUAGUGAUGCUUCCUUGUUCAAGAAUGAAAUAGCUAUUGAAAGAUAUGUUGCCUCAUGGCUCUCAGUUGUGGGGCAAGUAGUUGGCUUGAGGAUUCCCAUGGAAAUGUUGAAUGAUGGCAGUGGCAGUCAAUUGUGAUUCUGGAGUUUCUCACCAUUUCAGCUUUCUAAUCGCAUGCUCAAAUCAGAGAAGCCCGCCAAGUUCAACUCAAUCAUUUGUAUGCACUUAUCUCGAGGUUGGAGGUUCGAUCCUCCAUUUUUACAAUGAUUGUAUUGAAAUAAUUGUUCAUCGUCAUAUAUAUUGUCAUUUCUUUGAGUCUUACUAAUAUAUAUAUGGAAAUAUUUGAGUCCGUUUAUGUAAAUUUAGGUGAUUAAAUGAAUGUGUAAAGACGAACAAUGUUCAUUCUAAGAGUCUGCAAGGAUUUAAAGAUUUAAGGUUAAAUUAUAAGAUUAGUUCUUGAAAUU